AAAGAAGAAGAAGAUAAACAAAAGCUAAUGCAAAAACUCACAAAAUUCAUAACAAUAUUCUGUUUAGUGUGAGCUUUAUUAGUUUUAAAUAAAAAUUUACUUAAAAACUAAGAAUAGAAUAGUAGUAGGCUACAGUUAAAAUGUCCGGGGAAGACUGUGAUACUAUGGAUCGUGGGGAUGCUGAUGGGCAGAAACCUGACAAGAUGUUUACAUUGAAGAAGUGGAAUGCUGUUGCUAUGUGGAGCUGGGAUGUAGAAUGCGAUACCUGUGCUAUCUGCCGUGUACAAGUUAUGGACGCGUGUCUACGUUGCCAGGGCGAGAGCAAGAAGGACUCUUACGGCAAGCAGGACUGCGUGGUAGUGUGGGGCGAGUGCAACCACAGCUUCCACUUCUGCUGUAUGUCACUCUGGGUGAAGCAGAACAACCGCUGCCCUCUCUGCCAGCAGGAAUGGUCCAUACAGCGCAUGGGCAAAUAAGUUGGUAAAUAAAUACUGUAUU